GACCUUGUGCGUGGGGUGAUUGUGCGACACACCCCGCAUGAAGUAGAACUUGGCGCCUUUGACGGGCUGCGGGUUGAAAAAGUCGUGGCCCAUGUUCUCGACCCCAGGCGUGUUCAUGGCCUGGGCCACGACCUCGGGGAGAUCUUGGAGGAUGACCCGACCCGGGAUGUCGGGGUAUUUUUCCUUGAACUGGGCACACUGGUGGCCGAUGCUGCCGCCCAUGUUGACAUACAAGGCCCUCUCUGGGUUCAGGUCUGCAGACUGCCCGAUCUCUUGUCGAACCGGAUAGACGGUCAACCAGGUCAGAUUCGCUUGGCGGCGCAGAGCCAUGAACUUGUGGAACAGCUCGAGCUGCUCCUUGUUCUUGGUCUGAGCCAUCCACUCGAACGGGGACAGCUUGGUCUUGUAAGAGUGGUGGAAGAUGGUGUUUGAAUCAUCCGACGGUGUCUUGUAGCCGUUGUUCUUGAGGAACUCGGGCAUGUCCAGGGACUGCUGGGACACAAUGCCGUAGCUAUGACAGGACGACGCUUCUUCAGUGAGUUCGUUGCUCAGAUUGCGAGUGACUUGAUUCGCCUCCCACUCAUCAACGCCAACUUCUUGCACGAGAUUUGCCGAGGCAAAGUACCGGAGCAGACGUCCUGUAUGUUGUUUCAGUCAUGGCAAGGUACCCUUCUAAGAGCGCAAUGUGGUUGUCCCUGUAAAAAG